AUGCUGAGGGGGAUGCUGCUGCUGCUGCUGCUGCUGCUGCUGCUGCUGCUGCUGCUGAGGGGGAUGAUGAUGCUGUGGGCGGGGGAGGUGCUGGUGGGGUGUCGUGCUGGUGCUGCUGCUGCUGCUGCAGAGGUUCUGCUGCUGCUGCAGAGGUUCUGCUGCUACUGCUGGGGCCGGCAAGGGUCGCAUCCUGCUGCUGCUGCUGCUGCUGCUGCUGCUGCUGCAGGGGAGGACCUGGGGACCAUCUACGAUCGGCAGCAGCUGCGGGCCCUGGUGGACUACCACGACAAUGUAGUGCAUGUCUUGACCAGCGACGAGGCCCGCAUUUUGAAGGGGGGCCUCGACUUCGCCUUCGUCCGCGUCGACAAAGUCAUGACGCCCCUCCACAGAGUCUGCGGGCUGGAGAUCGACACGAAGCUGACGUUUGAAAAGAUUUCAAAAAUCCUUUCCUGCGGCUUCUCCAGAAUUCCCGUUUUAGACCUCGCGAGUCCCCAGUGCAUUGUGGGGCUGCUUUAUGUGAAGGACUUGGCCCUCUUCGACCCUUACGCCGAAGUGGUGGUGCGCACUUUGCUGCACCUCUUUGGCCGGAAUGUUUACGCCGUAGACGAAGACACGGCGCUGCUGGAUUUGCUGACAGCAUUUAAGAAGGGUGGGUUGCUUCCCUUUUCGGGGCUUUUCGUUCGCUGCAGCACAAGGGUUUAG